UCACCGAGUUGAUGGACGUGAGUUUGAGCAGACUCUGGGAGUUGGUGAUGGACUGGGAAGCCUGGCGUGCUGCAGUCCAUGGGGUUGCAGAGUCGGACACGACUGAGCGACUGAACUGAUGAUACGAAUCUAGAAGUGGGAUGAAGGACAUAAGUAGAUGUCCCAACAUUCAAGUAACACACAAGGUCAGAAGAAAAAAUGUUAAAGAUUGAGACACCAUAGGGUGCCCAAUGGCAAAAAGUACCCCAUAUCUAGACACAUACUGAAAUUAGGAAUAUUAAAGAUAAUAAGAAAAAUGUAAAGACUUUUAGAUAGUAGAUCAUUGUGCAAAGAACAGGAAUCAUACUGACCUUACUCUUUUGAAGGGCAAUGCUUGCUGUAAGAAAACUAUUUUUAAAGUAUUAGAGCUAAAAUUUUAUGUUAAUUUAUAUUGUUAUUCACAUGUAAAAGUUCAGUAAGAUUUAUCACUCAAAGAUCCACAUUGUAAACAUUUUUGAAGAGAGUACUCCAUAAAAAAAAAAAAAAAGUGCAGAAAAUGUUUCAAGAGCUAGGGGUUGAGUGAAUUACCUGAUAUCUUGGUGAUGUGUGUAUAGGCAGACCUCAGGGAUAUUGCAGGUUUGGUUCCAAACCACUGCAAUAAAGCAAGUCAUGAGUCUUAGGGGGAUCUCGCUUCUGCCCCCAGGAGUUUAUAUCACCAGGUGUGAACAAGAUGACAUUGUGAAUACUGGAGACCAUUGAGAGCACAAAGGCGGAGGCUAUGAACCUGUGCCUCUUUCUCUACCCUGAGAUGUUUAUUCUCGCUAACCUUUCUGUUCCCUUGUGUUUCAUACCUGAGUGUAUUUUAGACCUACUAAUGACUCCACAGAUUCAGCAAAACUUUUGGUGUAAAAGUAGGACCUUUAGAAAAAUAAAUAAACAAAACCAAACUUGUCUUCUAUGACAGUGAAUCCUCAGCCUCUGAUAUGCUAAUUUUUGCUGAACCCUCGGGCGAGUUUUGAUGAAGCUCAACUCAGUGGUGCUCCUGUGUUUCCCAUAGCUAUGCAGUGCCAACAUUACUGACCUCAUCAGGACAUUUCAGUUACUUCUGUGAGGUUUGUAGAGUUAUUCGUUCUGUGCCUGUCUUAAAGAUAAUUCACUUAGUUGCUCAAAGUCUUCAAGAGUAAAGAUUGGAUUGAUUCAUAUGCUGAAGACUUCUAAAAAAAUCAGAUGUAUGGUUGCAUUUAUUUUUUUUUUUUCUUUCUAGCUUGAACAUUUAUUUUCUUGAGCAGGUAACACAUUUAGAGAAUUCCAUGUAAAAGUAUUCAUCUCACCUCUUCCUCAUCAUGUUACCUUCCCUUGAGGCACCUAAUGUUAGGACUUAUUUUAUAUACCCUUAUAAACAUAUGAAUUUAGUAUUUUGAUUCUGGUAAAAUGCAUUUAAGCUUUUAAAUUCAUUACUGUGCAGGUGAACUUUAGGAGUAAAUGUCAAGGGCUUUCUUGGACAAUAUACCCAAAACUAUGCAAAUGCACAUAUUAACACAUUGUGUGAUUUCACCUCUAGUUAAUUCUGUCAGUUUGUACUUGAGGCUAGUGUGCCAGGGUAGUGGAAAUUUAACCUCCCCACCUCAACCUGUCUACCUUUCAUUAUCAUCCUUUCUUUAAAACUAAAUAUAUGGGCAGAUGAUACUUAGGAAUGAUUUUAUGUACUUUCUAUGUAUUAUAUGGAAAAGACCAAGCUUAGAAGUGUGCCUCAGAGCUGUGACUUGAAGCCAUUCUUGUGUUCUAGUAACACCACUGCUCUCAACUCCUCUAAGGUGACAGUAAGAUUAUGUACUUGAGAUGUGACGAACGGAAGAUUCUGCAGGGCUGGGAGUUAGAAGAUCUGGUCUCUGUUUGCCUUGGGCAAAUCAUUUGACCUCGCUGAAUUCAAACACUUUAUAAAACUUUGACAUGGGUUUCUAAGGUUUUCAGAUUCUCUACUGGAAAAAAAUAAAUUUUUUCCUGAGCUGCCUGUUUCAGCCUAAUAGAAUAUUGCUAGAACACAUAAUCUACAGACAGGCACAGCCCCCUCUUGGUGGUCUGAAAAUGUUUAAUUUCCUUUUGAGCUAUUUCUCCUUUCAGCCUGACAUGAUUUGCAAGAACACUUGGGGUUUGAUUGUCACUCUAUUAUUACUUGUUCCCAUUUGGUGAGGCCAGACUCGCCCCAGGCGGCUCUUGAUGAAAUUGGACAUGACCCAUUGAUCUGUGACAUUGAUUCACAGAGCAAUCAAUUGACUGAAAGAAAUGCACCAAAAUUCAAAUCACUGUAAUCACCCACAAAUGAAAAAGGAAAAUUCUCAUUUGUUUCACUUUUCAUUUCCAAAUAUGGUACACUAGGAGGGGCUCCAGCCUCAUGCCAAUUAGGAAAAAACAAGAAAAUUUAAAAGCACCAAAGGACAUCUUGACCUCAGGGGAGGACUAGGUUAGACUCCAUUGAUCAAAAUUACUGAGCUUAUUCUGAACUGGUCCCCACAGCCAGCAGGUCAGAGCCUUUAUAUCUGCAACCAGCAGCAGUUCCACUAAUUAGCCACACAUGGUCCAACUUGAAGGUUCUUGGAGCCCAGUCAUUUUUUUAUCUACUCCUAAGGUAAGUGGUAAAUAUAUAGUAUCUCUUUUGUUUGUGAGAAAUACAGGAAAUUCCUGUGGGGUUACAAAGGUAAUAUUUGAAGUAAAACUCACAAAAGGAGCACCAGCUUCUUUAUAUUUUAUUUGAUAAUGAAAGAAAAUUCAAGAUUAUUACUUGGACCUGAGGAAACAAAUAUUUGUCUAAAGGAUCUCACUCUUGCAUGCUAAUAUGCAUGAUUGUUUUUCUGUUUAAUGUAUUUCCUAUUUCCAGUUUUCUUCUUGCUAUUUAAAAAUUAUAAUUUCUAUAUUUUAAAGAGAUAGUGGCAAAAAGAACAUUAGUUUAGGAUUUCUAAAUCGAGAAUAAGUUAAUAAAAUGAGUUAGCUUUUUCACUUUCAGGUUUUUAUAUAAAAUAGAAGCUCUAGAUUUUUUUUUUAAGUGCUAAAUGAGUUAGUUUUUAAUAAAGAAUAAUGGCCAGACAAUAUUAAAGGAAUAAUUAUGGGAAAGGACUGAAACUCUUUAAGAGAGGAUAGAACUUAGUAAAUUAUUGUUUCAGUUAGUGAGGCAAUAGUACAAAAUUUUAUAAUUAACUUAUUUGCAAGUGAUAUGACUACAUUUUGAAUUUUUGAAUUUUGAACAAGUGUAUGGAGUAAAAUACUGGAGAAGGAAAUGGCAACCCACUCCAGGGUUCUUGCCUGGAGAAUCCCAGGGACGGGGGAGCCUAGUGGGCUGCCGUCUAUGGGGUCGCACAGAGUCGGACACGACUGAAGCGACUUAGCAGCAGCAGCGUGGAGUAAAAUAGAAAAGACUCAUUAAUACCUCUGCUAGAUUCUGACAGGUACCUACUGCUUUUAAAUUUUAUUUUAAAAGGUGUUUAUGCAUAUGUAUGUACAUACAGGUAUGCAUUUAUAUAAAUGUGAGUACUAGAGGAGAAUCAGUCAUGCUUCCUUAGAAGCGUCUCUCUCCUUUAUCUUUUUGCCUCUGCCUUCAAGCUCUUCCUUCCACCCUCAUGUUCUCCUACAGACCUCCAGUAACCUAUAUGAACUUCCUCAUGUGUGCCUUCUGGGUCUUCUCUCCACACUUAGAUAGUCACAUAUAUAUACAUCUCAUAUACAUAUAUGUACAUAUAUAUAUAUUUAUAGGACUUUAUUCAGUGAGCUACAGAUGAGUGAAUUUGGAAAGAAUUGACAUCUUUAUAAAUGUUUAGUUUUCUAAUCCCUGAGCAUGAUCUAUCCCACCAUUAAAUUGAUUUAAAUAAUGGUAUUUGAUAUUGUCAACUGUUCUCUCCUUGAAACUCUGUCCUGCUUUGGUUUCAGUGACUUCACCCUUAUAGUUUUCCCCCUCUUUCUCAUUGGCCAUUUCUCAUUUUCAUUUGUAGACUUUUUUUCCCAUGCUGUUUCUCAGGGUUCAGCCAUUGGCUUACUUUUUCUUUUUGUCCCUAGGUGAUCUCAACCUAUUCAAUAAUUAUUUACAAAUGCUUAUUUAUCUGUAGUUUGCAUCUUUUGUUGUUAUUCUCUAGACCCAAAUACCUUCUGGACAUCUCCACUUUUGCUAUUCAGUUUUGUUGGGUAAAAUCUAAUUUUUUCCCUAUUUAUAAUUUCUGGUAUUGAUGUACUUAAAAAGCUUCCUUCUACUUCAACAUUAUAGGACAUUCUCUUACAUUUUACUUCAAUACUUCUAUGGUUUAAUUGUUUUACAUUUAAUACUUUAUUCCAUCUGGAAUUUACUUUUGUGUUUGGAGAUAAGUAGGGAAAAUAUAACAAUUCUGUGGGUUUUUUCCCUCAUAUUUUUGAUUUGAUAUUCAUAACUUUUUCACUGUCCAUUUUAUAUGUUACUGGGAAUUCCUGGUGACUAAGUACGGUGAAGUCUGAAUGAAGUAUGUAUUUAUUGUUCAUUGUUGAAUUCCUUGGUAUCUAGCACAAUGCCUUUAUGAUAAAUUAUAGUACACAUUAUUGAAUAAAUGAAUUGUGGAAAGAGAGAAUUGUUUCAUUAUUAGUUUAACUUAACAACACUUAACUGUUUUUCCUCUGUUUCUUUCAUAUCUGGAAGUCAUCCACAUUAGAAGCCUGUAAACCCUCAAGUAUUUUAACCUCAUUGAACCUUGAAAGAUGUCUUGUUUUUUUCAAGGUGAACCCAAUGACCCAUUCAUGUCAGCUAUGCUUUGAUUCUUUCAAGAAUCAAAACUAGCAAAGCAGGUAUAUUCACUUUUCUUCUAAGUAAGCAGAGCUUCCAUGAAAAUCUUCUGUUCCAGAUAUGGCUUUGUAGAUCUAAUCAUAUGUCAUUGCUGGUACUGCUUCUGAGCCUGCUAAUCUUUACUGCUACCCUGUGCCAGUUCCUGAGGGUUUAUUUGGCUGAGUUCUAUUCUCUCUACUUGUACUUUCAGUCUUGCAGUAGGAGCCAUCGAUAAUAUAUAAUGAGGAUCUACUUGGUUUUAAUGUUGAUGAUUUUUCCAGUGAUAGAGUCAAGGAGCUGAGUUUUUAAAAAGAAAAGACAAUUCAGUUCACUCUUAUUUAUUGAUGCCUUCAUAUGUCAAGAUGAAAAUGAAACAGAAAACAUCUCUGUCUGUUAAAAGAGUACCUUUUCAGAAAAGAGAACAUAAGACAACUAUCACAAAGCUCAUUUUAGGCACGGUACCAAGUGAGUAAUACAAGCACUAGUGUUGUAUGAAUUCAGACAUGGGAAAAGCGCUCUGACUUGAGAUGGCUGGGGAAGACUUCCUAAAGAAGUUGAGACUUCUUUAAGAUCCUGCAAGAUGUAAAUAUGGCAUCUCAUAUGUUAGAAAAAUGAGCAAAAUUAUGGAAUAGAAAGUAUUGUACAAAUAUGAUGGCCAAUGAGUAUACUAGAAUGACAGUCAACUUUGUGUAGGAGAGAAGAGGAUAGGAAGGAAUUGGGUUGGACUGGGGAGGGUCUUUAGUAUUUUUUCCAAAACCUAUUCCUUAGAAAUAUUUCAGCAAGCAUGAACCAUAAAUAUUAGGGCUGGAAAAUCCUUCAUAGUUUUAUUGACAUGAAGAGAGGACCUGUUGUAUUGAUUGUGUUUUUAUAUAUUAUACCCAUGGAUUCUAUUAAUCUUAGUGUUUUCUGUAUGUUUCAGACAUUAGUCUCUUACCAUGGGGGAUUGGAAUUUAUUGGGUGGCAUCUUAGAGGACGUUCACUCCCACUCAACCAUGGUGGGGAAAAUCUGGCUGACCAUCCUCUUCAUUUUCCGAAUGCUGAUACUUGGUGUGGCUGCUGAAGAUGUCUGGGAUGAUGAACAGUCAGCAUUUGCCUGCAACACCCAGCAGCCAGUAUAUAUGGGCCAUGCACUGUAUAGACUCAGGGCCUUUGAAAAGGAAAGGCAGAGGAAGAAGUCACAGCUUAGAGCCCAGAUGGAGAAUCCAGAGCUUGAAUUGGAGGAUCAGCAAAGGAUGGAUAGAGAACUGAGGAAAUUAGAGGAGCAGAAGAGGAUACAAAAAGUCCCACUGAAAGGAUGUCUGCUGCGUACUUAUGUCUUACACGUGUUGACCAGAUCUGUGCUGGAAGUAGGGUUCAUGGUAGGCCAAUAUAUUCUCUAUGGGUUUCAAAUGCACCCUCUUUACAAAUGUACUCAACCUCCUUGCCCCAAUGCAGUGGAUUGCUUUGUGUCCAGGCCCACAGAAAAGACCAUUUUCAUGCUCUUUAUGCAUAGCAUUGCAGCCAUCUCUUUGUUUCUCAACAUAUUGGAAAUAUUUCAUCUGGGCAUCAGGAAAAUCAUGAGGGCACUUUAUGACAAAUCCAGCAGUGAGGGCAUUGAGGAUGAAAGGAGACCUCCAUUCCAUUUGAAAAAAUAUUCAGUGACCCAGGAGUGUAUGACUUGCUCUCCCUUCCCUGAAAAAAUCUCCCUACUUCAAGCCAACAAUCAACAGCAAGUAAUCCGAGUCAAUGUGCCGAAUUCUAAAACCACGUGGCAUAUCCCACAGGCCAGGCAACUUGAUGUAGACCCUUGCUGUAGUAAAAAAGACUGGGCUGAGAAGAAUCAGCACAACGGACAGCUCCAUGUCCACAGCCCAUGUCCCUGGGACGACGGUGCUAGAAUUCAGCACCCAGGACAGCAGCCAGACCAUUCUUCAUUUGGCUUGCAGAAUAUAAGACCUCACUCCUGGCUAGGUACAAAGAUGGCUCCUAGGCAUUGUCCAUCACAUACAACAGGACCCUGGGAGCAGCCCCAGGACCUACAACCCUCAGGGGAACCUCUUGCAGACUUGCACAGUCACUGCAGACACAGCGAUGGCAGCAUGACAGACAGCAGGGUCCAAGAGGCAAGAGACAGAUCUUACCCUGGCAGUCGCAAGGCCAGCUUCCUGUCCAGACUGUUUUCUGAAAAGGGACAGCUGUACAGUGACUCAGGAAGCUCCACUUCUCGAAAUAGCUCUUGCCAGGGCUUUCCACACCGGGAAAACAGCCCCUCACUUCUGCCUUCAGCCCCUGGGCGAAGAACAUCCAUGCAGCCCAAAUGGCCCAAGACAGGGGAUAAGAGUGCAGUCAAGAGACCAGCUCGGAGGCUUGCAUAGUGCUCAGGUUCUUUGCCUCAUUUGAGAAGGUCUUUUUUUGACACAGCAUUAUCAACACGGAACAUGCUUCUAGAACUUUCAUCUAUUAUGAAAAAAUAAUCCAUGCCUGGGAUCAGAAAAAAUGAACCCAGGAGAGGGCUGGCAUCUGCGAAAUAAAAGUUGUAUGUCUGUGAGCUCAAACUGCAAGAGAAACUCAGAACCAUCCCCUCCGGAACCCCUGGUCAGGCAGUGGCUGUGCAUCAGAAGCUCCCAGCUGGGCCCCCUGACCUCUGGGGUCAGCCUCUCGCUGCCCUACUUGGCCACACUUCCUGAAGCUGAUCUGAUGCUCUGCGUACACCAGGGAGGCACUCUAUUCCAUCAGAGAAAAUCUAGGGGCCAGAGUUGCCACCUGAAGGGAGAAGAAGUGGGAUGUACUACCCUCCUGGCCAGCAGCCGACUCCGCAGCAGCAGCAGUUUGGACCCUUAAACAUGGGGACAGAGCAGCCUGGGAGCUCUGCCGGCAGCCUGGGCUCAGCAUACUUCCUGUCUGUACACAGGAGGUGGGAGGGGAGAUUUUUGUUUUCCUCCUCUCGUCACCUUGGCAUUUCUUGGGGAUGAAGCAGCUGCAUCUUCAUACCUACAUGCUAUGACAUAAAAUACUGAUGAUAACGCUGGUGAACACUGGCAUUGCAUGACUUUAUCCUUCUGUUGGACUCAUACAUCAUCAGUAGUGAUGCCAUGACUGUGGGCCAGCAGGUGCUGGUGGGAUCUCAUUACUGACCUCCAGAGGAGAGACGAGUUGGCACCGCUUCCUCCUGCACCCCACCCUCCCAGGGGCCCCGAGCCAUCCAGCAGAAAGCACUGAGCACUUCUUAUAGAGCACUGAGGCCCAGAUGGCUGUGCUUCCACUAACUCUCCAAUCUGUGAGGCUGGUUGGCUGAAUUCUGAGAAUCAUAAAUGUGGGGUGAAUUCCCAAGGCAGGAGACACUUAGCUCCUCCAUCCUCCGUCUCAUGGCCAGACUCUCCUAUCUCUGGCCACACACCUUCUAACAAAGGUUUCAGGUUAUCAGGAGAAUCAGUUUGUUCCAAAGGCACAAAAUCCGCACGCCUUAGCCUGCACGUGGAGCCUUCAUGGGCUGGCUCCUGCCUCACGUUCAUUCCCUCUCUCCUGGUAUCUCCUGUACUCUAUGAGUAAAGCAGAUUGCCCUCCCAGUGUGACAGACCAGCCCUCAAUCUGUUGAGAGCCUGCACAGAAUAGAAAGGUUGAGGAAGGAUAAAUUUGCUUUCUCUACUUGAGCUGGAAUGUCAGUCUUCUCCCUUGGAUUGGGACUUACAUCAUUGACUCUGCAGUUCUCAAAACUAUACGACCAGCUUCCCUGGGCCUUCAGCUAACAAAAGAUGUAGAUUGUGAAAUUUCUUAGCCUCCAUAAUUGUAUGCACCAAUACCAACAAAUCAUCCAGUCGAUCAAUCAAUCAACCUGUAUCUGUCUCUCUAAUAAAAUCUCCUAUUGGUUCUGUC